AUCCCCUCCAUCAUUCCCUUGUUUAUUUUUUAAACGUCACAAGAUGGCGUUGGUUACAUUUCCCUUUUUGUUGUAGUCGUAGAUGUAGUAUCGUAAGCGUGGCUAAUAAAGGUACAAAAAGAAAAAUGAGCAGUUCUGAAGAGGUUUCGUGGAUUUCCUGGUUCUGUGGAUUAAGAGGAAAUGAAUUUUUCUGCGAGGUUGAUGAGGACUACAUACAAGACAAAUUUAAUUUAACGGGUUUAAACGAACAAGUUCCACAUUAUCGUCAGGCUUUAGAUAUGAUAUUAGACUUAGAACCAGUAGAUGACGAAUUAGAUGACAAUCCAAAUCAGUCGGAUCUAAUAGAACAAGCUGCUGAGAUGCUUUACGGUUUAAUACACGCUAGGUAUAUAUUAACUAAUAGAGGAAUUGCGCAAAUGAUAGAGAAAUACCAAUCCGGCGACUUUGGGCAUUGUCCGCGAGUAUAUUGUGAAUCUCAACCAAUGCUACCCUUAGGCUUAUCAGAUGUACCUGGAGAAGCGAUGGUAAAAUCUUACUGUCCGAAAUGCAUGGAUGUGUACACACCUAAAUCUUCUCGUCACCAUCACACCGACGGAGCAUACUUCGGAACUGGUUUUCCUCAUAUGCUUUUCAUGGUUCAUCCUGAAUAUAGACCAAAACGUCCAACAAACCAGUUCGUACCAAGGUUAUACGGCUUCAAAAUUCACCCUUUAGCAUAUCAGCUUCAACAGCAAGCUGCGUCAACAUUUAAAGCACCCAUGCGUGCAAUAGGUUACAAUAACGGCAAACGUUAAACAAAAAUUGUAAAAAAAUGUGUAUUAUUAUAACUGAGCUGCAAUAAUUUUACCUAUUUAUAUAUUUAAAAUUUUUUUUAUUUAUCGAUCUCUCUAUUAUGAGGUUAUUGUCGGAAAAAUUAAUGCAGCUUGAGGAACUAUUGCGGAACAUUUUAUUUAACAAUCUGUUUAUAGUAGUUUUUAUUUCCAUAAAAUUAGUGAACAUCUUUGUAAUUUGUAACGAAUACCAAAAUUCUUCUAAGAAUGUAUUAACCAAUAAAUUUACAUGUAAUAAAAUGUUUGUUUAUAGAGUAAAUUUGCAGUGUAUAAGUAUAUACAUUGCACUUUAUUACUUUAAGUUAUAGCUAUUUUUUUCAAUAAAUAAACAAGUACAAAAGUUU